ACGUGACACAACAUUAGCAUAAUACUGCUGUAGCCAUCUUGAAUGUUGGUGAUAUCUACGCCGCAAAUCUUCGUUCCUGACCUUCUGUUUUUACGGUUUCUGAGGCCGUCGCUAACACUCUUCGGUAUUCAAACGUGAGACGAAAGAAACUCCAUCCAUCAAUAUGUCUGAAAUGCUGAACUUUGGACCAGAGUGGCUUAGGGCCCUCUCUGGCGGGACAGGAAUAACAUCCCCUCCUCCGUCCCCUCAGUUCAAGCUGGCAGAGCAUCGGUAUGGUCGAGAAGAGAUGUUAGCGCUGUUUCGGAAAACAGACAAGGCUCCCCCGGAGCUGGAAGAGUUCUCGUCCAUCUUGCAGAAGGAAUGUCGUACUCCGAUGACGCUAACACCGUUAACAGAAGAUGAACAGCGCUACUUAUCUCAGUGUGUGAACAGUGCAGCAGUGAUGAGACUAAGAGGAGGCCGGGGAGCAGGUCCCCCUCCUGCCAGGGGGAGGGGGACGGGGAGAGGCAGAGGUCGAGGUCGUGGCGAUUUCCAGCGAGGGGCAGCGGGCUUUGAAGAAGAUGCGUUGAGUUAUCCUGGUAGGAGAGAGUUCACAAGAACUGUUAGUUGGGACGAGAGUAACCUUGGUGAGGGACGAGGUAUACGCACCGAGACUCCUCGUAGCAACUUUGAGGACCCUGGUCCUCCUUCCCCGAGAAAAGUCAUCGAAAGAGGGAGCUCCAGCGACAACUGGCGCUCCCCGAGGGCACCCGACAAACCGUCAUCCUCGUCGUCUGGGAAGGAGGAGGAAGAUGAAGCAUGGCGUCAGGGCUCUACGAAGCCGCCUCCAAAUCGUUCAUUGUCCACGCAGGAUGAGAACUGGAGAAUGAUAUCAGGUGGGUCUCGCGCCAACUGGAACAGCCCAAGAGAACGCGGACAGUCAUUUAACGAUGGCGACCACCGCGAUCACUUCGACCGUGAAAGUGGUGGUCGUGAACGACGUUACAGUGGUCGUGGGGGCGGUGGACAUGGUCGAGGUGGUUGGCAUGAAGAAGAGGAGUUGCCAGAGUGGUCGUUAGAUGACGCCUUUACGAUGAGCGAUGGUCCGGGAGCCUUCGAUGCUUCCGGAGCGUUCUUCUCGGGCAAGGAUGAUGAGCCUUUAGAACCAUUGGAAGGGGAUGGAUCCAAAGAGGAUGAGGACCACCAGCAUAAAAACAAUGACAUUGAUCAACCAAAUGAUAAAGAGCAAUCUGGAGAUAGAGACUCUGAUGAUCGCAAACUUUCUUCCAAACACACAAGUGCCGAUCACAAUAAUAGUGAUAUGUAUACUAGUAGUUUAGACUCUCGCGAAUUGGCGGAGAAAUUAGAAAAAUUACACAACUUCAACAGUACUUCUUCCACAACUGCUGCAAAAGAGGACACAUUGCAGACCAGUGUACUAAGCAAUGCCAAAGGUGCAAACUUUGCAGGAUCCAAAUCAAAAAGCAAUAUUAGUAAUCAGGUGUUAGCCGGCUCUUCCUCCGAUGGCAAACUGGACAAGCUCGCGGAGAAGGGGGUGGAGAUGCUCCCGGGAGUGGUGAUCGGAGGGGCGCCUGGGGAGGGGGGUGACGAGGGUGGGGUGAAGAAAACGGACUCGAGGAAGAGCAUUGAGGAGAUUGUUGCCAGUAGUGUUGCUUCCGCCGUUGCGACGACCGGCGGGUUGCAGGUGGAUGCAGCAGGUUCAAAGUUGGAGCCUUCAGCACCUUCUGCAGCAGGAGCAGCAGGUCAAGGUGUGGCCGUUAGUGCUGCUGCUGCCAGCGCUGCAGCCAAGGAAGAGGAAGAUGAAGAAGAUCAACUCAAACAUCUUGAAAAAGCUGCUGAAAGCUUGAUGGCCGAGCUUACAGAAGAGGAUGAUGACAAACUUGGCAACGAACUGACAAUGGACGGAGGUCUUAAAGUGAAUAUCAACCCACCUCAGCUGCCACCCACUCAUGAGCAUGCACAUAAAUGGUUCUAUAAGGACCCUCAGGGACAAGUGCAAGGCCCAUUCACGUCAGCAGAGAUGGCGGAGUGGUUCAGUGCCGGCUAUUUCACCAUGACCCUUCAGGUCAAACGGGGAGCUGACGAAGAGUUUGAACCCCUCGGAAUCCUCAUCAAGAGAUGGGGGCGUGUGCCAUUCUUGCCGGCCCAAGAGCCUACACUUAACCAUAGCUCAAAACCUUCAACUCCUACCGGUAACCCUACCGUAGCACCCCCUGCCGCUCAGGCUCCGGGUGCACCUUCUGUCAGCCCGACUCCGACCGCAGCUGCUAUUGCUGCCGCGGCUGCUGCAGCCAACUCUGCCGCCGCCAGCUCGGCCGCCCAGCAACAACAGUCGGCAACGCAACAACAGCUGGCUCAGCAGCAGCUUGCCACUCAGAUGGCCCAGCUCUUCAGUCAGCAUCAGAUCAUGCAGCAGCAACAACAACAACAGCUCAUGCAGCAACAGCAGCAGCAGCAACAAGUCUUCCAACAACUUUUGAAUCAACAGCAAGCUCUUAUCAGAGUUCAAGCCAGUCGUAUCUACCAGGAGCUGAUCCAGAGAGGUAAAACCCUGACAGUGGCCCAGCAGCAAGUCCUGCGCACCAACCUGGGCACCCUACAGCAGCAGCACCAGCUAGUCAUGCAGUAUCAGCAACAGAUGCAACGUCAGAGAGGAUUAUCCCUACCAGCCGGUGUGUCCCUUGACCAGACUCCAACCAGCCUCUCUGCCACCAGUGUCGCUGGAGUAUUGCCACCGUCUGGAGCAAGUGCUGCCGCAGCGGCGGCGGCAGCAGCAGCUGCAGCAGCCGCUGCUAAGGAUAAGAUCGAAGGACCGGAGAUUGGUGUCUGGAACUCUGUCCCCACGAAAAGAGCCGAUUGGGACAUCGGUGUAUGGGAUCCGGCUAUGGCUAGAGAAGUCAUGGAAGAGGAGCGACGUCAACAGGUGCGUCAGAAGGUGGAGGAGGAGAAGAGGAAGACGGAAGAAAUGCAUGAAGAGGUGGAGAAACAGAGGGCGGAGGAGAGGAGAAUUGAAGAGCUCAGGAAACGUGGUGUGAACCCUGAAGAGCUCAAGAGACUAGAGGAAAACAGAAAACAGCAAGAAGAAGCGAGGAGAGCUGCCGAAGAAGAACGAAAACAACUAAAAGAAGAACAACAAAGAAAAAUGGAGCAACAGAAAAGAUUGGAACAACAGCAUCUUGAAGAGAUGAGGAGGAAGCAGGAGGAGUCGGUACGACGCGCCCAGGAGGAAGCGGCCAGGUUAGAAGAAGCCAGUAGGAAGGCAAGGGAGGAACAGGAAGAGAGGGUUAGGAGAGAAGGAGAGGAGAGACAGAAGGAAGCAGCGGAUAGACAUAGGCAGGAUCUGCUCAGGCAACAAGAGAUACAACGACAACAGGAAACGCUACAGCGGUUGCAGCAGCAACAAGUACAGCAACAGUCCCAACAACAAAAGCAACAGCAGCAGCAACAACAGCAGCAGCAGCAAAACCAACCACCAGCUUUGCCAAGCAGUGCCAUGUGGGCUCAGCGCAAUGCUACAACUUCCACCAGUGGACCAACUCUACAACAGAUACAACAAAUGCAAAAACAGCAAGAUGAGAUAGAAAGAAAUGAGAGGCAGAAAAAGUUGCAGGCACAGAUGUUACAGCAGAAGCAGCAACAGAACGCUCAGAACAGACAGGCAGGAUGGGGAGCGACCAAUCCAAGCAGUAGUAGUAGUAACAACAUGAGUCAGUCUACCAAGUCACUACGUGAGAUUCAAGAAGAGCAAGCAAGACAACAGAUGGAAAGAGGAAAGGCCAAACAGAAUGAACAAAACAAAGGAAUGACCUUCUCUUCAGCUGCGGUGUGGGGUAGCGGUGGGGCGAACACCUCCCUCGCUUGGUCCGGUGACCAUGCUAGCAGCGAUAGGGGCACUGGUGGGGGUGGUAGCAGCAAUGUCUGGGGUGACCAGCCCAGGACCGUAACAUCAUCUUCGGCUAACGUUGGCUUCUGGGAUGAGUGUGCUAGAGAUAACGUCAGCAAAUCAAACAAUACAAACUUCCCAUCUCUAAGAAGUGUAGCAGCCAAUAUCAACCCGAUUUCUGCCCCUCCAGCUAGGAACACUGCCCCUGUUAACAGCAACAAGGCUAGGACAAAGGAAGAGGAGGCUGUGAGGAAACUGUUUCAAACCAACCCUGCUUCAUCAGAAUUUGGUCAGUGGUGUGAGAUGGAACUAAAGAGAAUGAGACCACCUGUGGAUGUUCCUACCUUUGUGUCAUUCCUGCAAGAUAUAGAUUCACCGUACGAGGUUCAUGAAUACGUCAAGAUGUACCUGGGUGACACUCCGGAGAGCUCCAACUUUGCCCGGCAGUUCCUUGAACGGAGAAGCAGACAACGGGAUCAGCAACGCCAGCAGAAAGAAGUGGAAUCCGCUUGGCUUGGGAACAAAUCGAGCCUGCCCGGCCACCACAUGACGACCGCUACGGUGCCCUCCACUGCCCCUCACCAGCAGCCACAGAUGGGAGAUUGGGAGAGCGUCGGUAGGAACAACCGUAAGCAGAAAAAGAAGAUGCAACGUGUCGACCCCCGCAUCCUCGGAUUCAAUGUGAAUGCCGCCGAGCGCAUCAACAUGGGUGAAAUCCAAACCAUCGAUGACUGAACAGGGUCCACUUGAGCGCGAGAGUUACAUGAACGCAAAAUAAUGUCAUUGGUUUUUUAUCGGCUCUACAGGGCGGCACUGCAGGUGGGGAAUGCAUAUGUGAACUGAUAUGUCAAUCCCACCAUGCAGCAGGGAAUGGGUUGAUGCUUGUGCUCUUCACAUAUGGAGGAGUGGUAAAUAGACGUUCACUACGCUUGUAUGAUGCUGAAGGAGUAUCGUUCCAGCUGCCACGUAUCGCUAAAUCAUUAGGAAGGAAAAACGUUACCAGUAAGCAAGAUGAAUAUCCCUUUUUGCAGAGAUACAGAGAGAAUUUGAAAGAGGAUUGUCGAGACCUGAUUUUGUAUGGGUUUGCACAAAAAUGAAGAGUAAUCAGUUAUUACGGGGAAUUAUAACUAAUUAUGACUGGCACAAGUAUUAGCAAAGCAAUUUCCUCACAUUAUUUUCCAAUUCAGUCGUUAUUAUGAAGAGAAAGCUUAGAGCAAGAAAUCAAUUAUCUGGUGUUUAAGUCUGGUUAAAAAUUGAGAAUAUGUCUUUCUUUAGAGAAGCAUGUGUGUGCAUUAUUGUACCUUGUUUUAUUUUCCAAACAGGACUGAAAUGGGCCCCCAAAAGCUCUCUUGGGCUUGUGUCAGAAAGAUUGACAAAUAUUGUAACUUUGCCAAAUGGCAACUCCCAUGGUAACAGGGUUUGAUAACCAGUCACAAUCAAGGUUACCAUGGUAGUCGCCAUAAUGGCAAAGUUACAAUAGUUUUAACUCUUUAUGGAACAGGCCCCCAUUUAUUGCUACUAUCAUAAUACAUUUGUACCAUGCUUGACCAAUAUUUGGAUGAUUCAUUUGGAGAAAUCUAUAAAGACAUAAAGUAUUGGUGAAUGAUUUGAUAAUGAAUUCCACAGUAUAUCUUAUCCCUGUAUAUUAUAUUUUAACAUUUAAGGUUGGCAUAAUGGGAGUGUUCAUCUCUAACUACGUCAUGGGAUAUUUUUGGGGGCCUGCUCAAAAUUAAUUUGGACAGUAUUUAUCUACAACGUACUAUAUACUGUACCUAUCUAUAUAUAUAUAUGUGUGUAUAUAUAUCCAGGAUGUGGCUUUUGUAAAAGUAAAACAUUACUCACCCAUCCUUAACUAAAAUUCAUUACUGACACGUCAGCUUAAUUGCUAUAAAUUCUAACAUAAUUAGGAUCUGCUUAAAAAUGUGAGAGUUAAUUUGAGACACCACCUUCGGAUUGUAUAUCAAACAUAUUUCUCGCUGUUCUUUUCAUUUUGAUUUUUAUUCAGCACCACAUGCAUGUCCAUAUUAUAUUAUAUUAUAUUGACCUAUCACUGAUUCAAAUCUGCAUAACCUAUGUAAUAUAACUGAUUAAUUAUUGUGAUCACUUUCACUUUGGAUAAGAAUGCCUUUAAGUAAGAGAUCAGUUUAAUUCGCUUUGAAAAUUUCUAUAAAUUCUUUUAAGGAAAUCAGAUUGUGCUAUUUGCAAAAGAUGCAUCAACUUUUGAGGUGAUUUUAUGGAUGAAAUUUAUGAGUUUACAUUGAGUGAUUACCAAGUUUUAUGUUGAUAGGUGGUAUUGGUGUUUGGCCAACACUAAACUUGAAAUAAGGCUGGUGCUUAGUCUGACAACACAGGGUGUUAAACUGUCAGAGAUAUGAUUGGUGUGAUUUUUAUCAACCCCAUAUCCCAUGUUGGUGCUAUGAUGGGCAUGCUGAUUCAUGCUCUCAACACCUACACCAAACCUUAAAUGAGUGUUGUGCUUGUUUCACCAUGUUGAGAUCCAUAUGUUGUGAUAUGUACCAUUUUUAUAAGCCCACAUCAGCAUUGGAGAUGCAUUAGACAGCAAGUUUCAAGAACUUAACACCAACAUCAACACUUAAUGUGAAAUGAAGCUGGCGCUUGGCUGGUGUCACAGGGUGUUGAACCAGCAAUGAUGAGAUAGGUAUCUUUUUUUUUUAAAUCCAUGUUCAGUGUAGCUGCAAUGUAGGCAGUCUGCUCUCAACACCGACACUGAACUUGAAAUCACCCAUUGUACUCUUGAUGUGUAUUGUUACCUGGCUUUCUGCUUAUGGAAAUGCAUUGAUAUGAAAGGAGAAGUUUGAUUUUGUAUGUCGUAAAAUGUUCUUGAAAAAAAAGAGAAAAAACCUUCAGAAGCAGUUGAUUCAUUCCAAAGAAAUACAAGCAACCUUUUGUGCCAAUUUUGAGAUAAAACAGGGAUUUAUAUGACCAAUGCAAUUUGUCUAUUGUUAAUAUGUUAGGGUAUUUAUCUGCCUUGGUUUCAAGGCAAAAUAUAAAAAUAGUAUUUGAAGAAAAAUUAGGAAAAUAGCUUUAUGGAAGCAAAUAAUUGAUAAACUGGGCAAUUUGGUAUUUCAAGACGAGAGUGGUAAUGCUAGAUUUUUUCUCGGUAUUUAGCAUGGCUCAAAGUAACCAUGUAACAAAAGGUGUUCAUAGAAUUGAUGACUUCGAUGAAAUUGACAAUUUGUCGUCUUCUUGUUUACAUUGGUGGAAUAAAUGUGCACUUUUGUAAACAUUCAAAACUGACAAAUUUUCAGCUGAUUUUGAAGAAAGAUCUUAUUCUAAGAAAAUGUUUCCUAUUUUGCUGAUUCUAUUCAGGCACUGAAUAUUAACGUAAUGUCCUUUUCAUAAUGAGAGUAGAUGAACGCAAAAAUAUAUUUCAUUAUGAUAUUGAUGUGCUAUUACAGAUGCGUUGCCAGUCAUCAUUACCAAAAAGAUUUAUCCAUGAUCACCCGAAAAUCUCAUAGCUUAAAAAAAAAGAAAAUGAAAUAAUGUAAUAUUCCAAUAUUCCUGUAUAUUCAUAUAGUCAAAAUGAUAAUGUGUCAUAAGAAAUGAGAAUACAGCAGUCAUGCAGGCAUACAAAUUAAAUAAAGAAAAUAUUUUGACAGUUGAUGAAUAGAGGGCACAUCUCACAAAUAUCAGUCUCAAUUAUGGAGAGCGAUUGAUAUUCGUCUGCAUUCUCCUUUAUUUUAAAGGUACAUUAUGAUAUUGAUGUGCCGAUCCACAAUAUUUCCAUCAAAAGAAUUUGGAAGAACAUAAAUAAUGGAGGUUACCAGCACAAGUUAGGACAUUGCAUAUGCCUCCUACGUGAAGAGUCCGGCUGAAUCUUGACAUAAUGAUCUUGAUACAACUCUAUGAUAUAGCUAUUUAAUACCUUUAAAUGGGAAAUAGGGAGAGAUUUAUAUAAGAGAACUUCUAUGAUGUAAAAAUAUAAAUUCUAUGAUUUAAAAUAUUCUUUACUUGCAAGAUAUUAACAGGGUUAUUCCCCUCUGAGUUUGAAAGUAAAAGGUUUAUAUUGCUUUGCUUCAUUUCACAUGACUAAGAUGUGCUUAGAUUACGAAAUGAGUGUUAGACUUAUUCUAGCUAUAGGGGAAUCCAUCCCAAAUAAAAAGUUGUUUUCAGAGGAAAAGGUAAAUCAAGACAAGUUGAUAGGUGAAAGUUUGAACAAUAUCGGACAAACAAAGAAGAAAAAUGCGAAUUUUUAAAAGGUGUAAAAAUGGGUACCGGUAAUCACUAUACUAAUGGAGAUUUCAAAUUGGCCGCAUUUGUGAUGUCAUAGUGAUGUAAGGCUAGGACUACUCUUCCAUGUUCUCCAAUACAAAUAAUGGCUAAAAUGUAAUUUUUUUUAAAUUAUAUUUUCUUUAACGUGACCCCUGAAGAAUCCGAAUUGUGAUCAUAUUCCAAGAAAAAUACCACCUUCAAAUCGUUUGAAAUUUAGCAAGUGACAAAUGCUUUCUCUUCAUUGUGUAGACUUUAUCUCAUAGAGUUUUGCAAACAGGAACUGAAAUAACUUUGCUGUAUUCUGAAAAGAACCAAACGAAAAACCACCUUUAAGAAGCUUUCUACUGAAACAGUUUUUUUUUCCAAAUUGAGAACACUGAAUUUGUCAAUGGAAGAACCGGUUUGGAUGUAUUACUCUAUUGUUAUGGAAUGUACAUGAUUGAUUUACCCGAUUCCAAGUUACCUCCUCUCUCAGCCCUGGAAAUAUAUCUUUUCUCUCAGUAUUCUUGUCCGUCUAUUUGUUCCAGCACCUUUUGGUGCAAUCUAUCUCAAGU